GCGCCCGGGGACCUCGGUGGCGGCAGCGCGCCAGGCGCCGGGCGCACGCGCAGUGAGGUUCCACGUGAGCGCCUGCGUUUCUCCUCUAACCCAACGAUGCCGCCGGAACGGAGAAGCCGAAAGAAACCCGACCAGAGAGCCCGAGCGAAGCUGGACCGGAGAGCCGGAGCAAGGCCGGGCGGGCCGUCCAGAAAAGCUGCCCCUUCAUCCCGGCAGAAACCGCCGGCCCGGCCGAGGGCGGCGGCUGGGGCCCCGGCAGAGAGACUGCUCUGGCUACGGAACCGCCUGACGCUGGAGGAGGACAAACCGGCCGCGGAGCUCUGCUUGGAGGAGCUGGUCUUCGGUGAUGUCGAGGACGACGAGGACGCCCUGUUGCGGCGUCUGCGGGGCCCGCGGGUACACGACUCAGGUGACUCAGAAGUGGAGAAUGAAGCAAAAGAUAAUUUUCCACAUCAGAAGAAGCCAGUGUGGGUGGAUGAAGAAGAUGAAGACGAAGAAAUGGUUGAUAUGGUGACCAACCGGUUUCGGAAGGAUAUGAUGAAAAAUGCCAGUGAAGUUAAACUCCCAAAAGACAAGCUUCAGAAGAGACUUAAAGAAGAGUUCCAGCAUGCCAUGGGGGGAGUACCUGCAUGGGCAGAGACCAGUAAGCGGAAAACAUCUUCAGAUGAUGAGAGUGAAGAGGAUGAAGAUGAUUUGUUGCAAAGGACUGGGAAUUUCAUAUCCACAUCAACUUCUCUUCCAAGAGGAAUCUUGAAGAUGAAGAACUGCCAGGAUGCUAAUGCUGAACGUCCCACUACCGCUCAGAUCUCCUCUGUGCAGUUCCACCCUCGUGCGCAGGUUGUGAUGGUCGCAGGACUAGACCACGCUGUGUCACUCUUUCAGGUUGAUGGAAAAACAAAUCCUAAAAUCCAGAGCAUUUAUUUGGAAAAGUUUCCCAUCUUUAAGGCUCAUUUCAGUGCUAAUGGAGAAGAGCUUUUAGCCACAAGUACCCACAGCAAGAUUCUUUACGUCUAUGAUAUGCUGGCUGGAAAGUUAAUUCCUGUGCAUCAAGUGAGAGGUUUGAAAGAGAAGAUAGUGAGGAGCUUCGAAGUCUCCCCAGAUGGGUCUUUCUUGCUUAUAAAUGGCAUUGCUGGAUAUGUGCAUUUACUGUCAAUGAAGACCAAAGAACUGAUUGGUAGUAUGAAGAUUAAUGGACGGGUUUCAGCAUCCACAUUCUCUUCAGAUAGUAAGAAAAUAUUCUCUUCUGGAGAUGGGGACGUUUAUGUUUGGGAUGUGAACUCUAGGAAGUGCCUGAACAGAUUUGUUGAUGAAGGCAGCUUGUAUGGGUUAAGCAUUGCAGCAUCUAGGAAUGGACAGUAUGUGGCUUGUAGUUCGAAUUGUGGAGUGGUAAACAUAUAUAAUCAAGAUUCUUGUCUUCAAGAAACAAACCCAAAGCCAAUAAAAGCUAUAAUGAACUUGGUUACAGGUGUUACUUCUCUGACCUUCAAUCCUACUACAGAAAUCUUGGCAAUUGCUUCAGAAAAAACGAAAGAAGCAGUCAGAUUGGUUCAUCUUCCCUCCUGUACCGUGUUUUCAAACUUCCCAGUUGUUAAAAGGAAGAAUAUUUCUCAUGUCCGCACCAUGGAUUUUUCUCCCAGAAGUGGAUACUUUGCCUUGGGGAAUGAGAAGGGCAAGGCCCUGAUGUAUAGGUUGCACCAUUACUCAGACUUCUGAAGAAGUGAUCGGAAGUCCAGUUAAGCCACGUGAGAAGCCCGUCCUGAUACAUAUCUUCUCAGAAACUCCUGAAUGUGUAAUAAUAUAUGGAUACUGAUUUAUAGAGCCAGUUAUACUUAAGUUAAUGGCAAUCUUGUAAUAAAUUCAUGGCAGCUUUUGUUUGAAAAUAAGUGUAUGUGGUUCCAUCCCUUCCCACUGCCUACUUACACACACACACACGCACCCACCCACACACACUCACAACCCCCCCCCCCCACACACACACACACACAGCCUGGAUGCAUUUCUUUUAAGACUAAAUGUAAGAAAUGCGAAACACUAGUCUGUAGCCAAAAAUAUCAGCAAAUAUUCUUACUUCAGAUACUCAUACUCCAAGGUUAAUAUACUUCCCUGUCUAGCUCUUCAUGCUUCAGGGUAUCAGCCAACAGAUACUCUGAUGAGUUAUGGAGGUCAUUUGGAUUGUUAUAAGAGCAGGGAGAUCUCAUGGAGUGAAUUUUAAACUUCCAAGGUUUCCUGGAAAGGUGAUUAUGGAAAUGAAAAGACUUCUGGGCUUAUUACUUCAAAUCAUUGCCAUUGUUACUUGAAAAGGGGGCAUACGGAAACCUGGUACACUUGUCCUACCAACUAUUAGCCACUGCCCUUCCUGGAAAUGUUUCUUAAUGUUUCAUUUCAUUUGGGUUCUAGGAUGACAGUUGGUCACAUGAUUCUUUAAUAAUAACAUAAUCUUGCUUCAGACUAGUGGUCACAUUUAGGAAAAACUAACACCAUAUCAUGUACUUAAUAAGUAUUAAAGGAGUUGAGAAUGGGUUAUGAGAGGUAUCAGGUCAGUUUAAUAACUUUCAACCCAUCUGCCUGCUAAAACAUAGAGGUCAGGUAGAGGAGGUUUUUCCAGCAGCAAAAAAUGGCUCUCCCUAGUGAAAUAAGGUCACAGUUGAGUCAAAAAGGGGGCCAGCAGGCAGUGUGGUGGUUAAAGGUGCUGGACUCCCACAUGGCCGACC